AUGUCUGAUUUCGUUGGUAAACAUGAAAAAAGUCCUGAUUUUUCAGUGAUAAAUAAUUCGUCACUAGAUUAUGCAAAUAAUUUAGCUUCUACUAAUGACGAUGACAUAAGUAUAGCAAGCUCGCAGAACCGAAGCCUAUCACAUAGAAAAAACACAAGUUAUUAUAGAAAUUUCAUAGAUUCUUUUAAGAGGGCUGAGCAUGGUAAUUUAAAUGAAAAAUCUGCUGAUUUGGAAGAUGGUACCGCGUCAAUUCAGUCCAAAUCGUACAUGAAAAAAUCUUUAAAAGCAAGACAUGUCAUCAUGAUGUCCUUAGGCACAGGUAUUGGUACCGGUUUAUUAGUUGCUAAUGCUAAAAGUUUAGCUUACGGUGGUCCCGCCUCAUUAAUUAUUGGUUAUGUCAUUGUUUCUUUUAUUGUCUAUUUUAUGAUCCAAGCAGCCGGUGAAAUGGCUGUUACUUAUCCAACUCUACCUGGUAAUUUCAAUACUUAUCAAUCUAUUUUCAUUUCGAAAUCAUGGGGUUUUGCUACAGUUUGGUUAUUCUGUAUCCAAUGGAUUACAGUAUUACCUUUAGAAUUAAUCACCUCGUCACUGACCAUUCAAUAUUGGACUGAUUUAAAUGGUGAUAUUUUUGUCGUCAUAUUUUACGUUUUCUUAUUACUUAUCCAUUUCAUCGGUGUUAAAGCUUAUGGUGAAACUGAAUUCAUUUUCAAUCUAUGUAAGAUCUUAAUGAUCAGUGGGUUUAUCAUUUUCUCUAUUGUCGUAAAUUGUGGUGGUGCUGGCAAUGAUGGAUAUAUCGGCGGCAAAUACUGGCAUACGCCAGGUUCUUUCGCUGAAGGUGGCCCAACCUCAAGAUUCAAAGGUAUUUGUUACGUCUUAGUUGCUGGUUAUUUCUCUUACGGUGGUACUGAAUUGUACGUAUUAUCCGUCAACGAGCAAGCCGAACCAAGAAAAGCUACUCCAGCAGCUGCAAAGAAAUCGAUCUACCGUAUUCUAGUCAUUUAUUUACUAACAAUGAUUUUAAUUGGUUUCAAUGUUCCUCACAACAGCGAUCAAUUGAUGGGUGCAGGUGGCUCUUCAACUCAUGCUUCCCCUUAUGUUUUAGCGGCAUCUAUUCAUGGUGUGAAGGUUGUUCCACAUAUCAUCAAUGCCGUCAUUCUAAUUUCCGUUGUUUCGGUCGCAAACUCUUCCCUAUAUGCCAGUCCAAGAUUAUUAGCAUCAUUAGCUGAACAAGGUUAUGCUCCAAAGGCUCUAACUUAUAUUGACAGAGAAGGUAGGCCUUUAGUUGCGCUACUUCUCUGUGCUGUUUUUGGUUGCAUUGCUUUUGUUGCAAGUUCUGAUAAAGAGGAACAAGUAUUCACUUGGUUAGCAGCCAUUGCUGGUUUAAGUGAAGUUUUCACAUGGACGGGCAUUAUGUUUUCACACGUUCGUUUCAGACUAGCUAUGAAGGUUCAAAAUAAGGAUAUCGAUGAAGUAGGUUACAAAGCCACUGCUGGUAUCUAUGGUUCAUGGUUUGGUUCUAUUUUCGGUGUUUUAGUUUUAAUUGCUCAAUUCUGGGUUGCAUUAUCUCCCCCAGGUAGUGGAGGUGCAGUUAGCGCUGAAUCAUUCUUUGAAAAUUACUUAGCCAUGCCAAUUUGGGUUUUCUUCUACAUUGUUUACUCGGUCUACAAUAAAGAAUGGACAAUUCUAACUGACUUAUCCAAAAUUGAUCUAGAUGCUCACAGAAGAAUUUAUGAUCCAGAUUUAAUUAGACAAGAGGAUGCUGAAAAUAAAGAAAAGUUAAAAAAUUCACCAUUUUGGGUGAGAGUGUACAACUUCUGGUGUUAA